ACAUAUCGAAGCAAAGAAAGGAGGGUGGAACGAAGGGAGGGAAGAAGGAAGGGAAAAAGAAAGAACCUUACCCCACCCCACGAUGGCGGCCACCAUAGACAGCAAUGCCGUGCAGGCAUCCAAGAAAAAGCAUCUCGGUAUCCCCGAAGCAGUGUUCGUGGAGGAUGUCGACUCGUUCAUGAAGCUGCCUGGCAAUGAGAAGGCGGACUCUGCUCUGAGGAAGCUGGAUGAGCAGUACCAAAAGUACAAAUACAUGGAAGUCAACCUGUCGCAAAAGAAGCUCAGGUUGAGAAACCAGAUCCCACAGAUCAGACAGACGCUAGAAAUCCUGCGACACAUGCAAAAAAAGAAGGAGACCACAGAGCCCAUGGAGACGCGCUUUAUGUUGGCCGACAACGUUUACUGCAAGGCUUCGGUACCGCCCACUGACAAAGUGUGCUUAUGGCUCGGAGCAAACGUCAUGUUGGAGUACGACAUCGAUGACGCUCAGGCCCUGCUGGAGAAGAAUCUGUGCACGGCCUCUCGCAAUUUAGAGACCCUGGAGGAGGACCUAGAUUUCUUGCGAGACCAGUUCACCACCACCGAAGUCAACAUGGCGCGAGUCUACAACUGGGAUGUGAAAAGGAGGAGCAGAGAGAGCCUUCUCAAAUCAGCAGACAAGUCUUAAGAUUAGAUGAAGCCCGCCCCACCCCACCGCCAAUGAUUUUUCUCUCCAAUCAAUAUGCGAGACGGAUCGAGGGCCAAGUCUAUUUUCAGGUCCAAAUGAACAAACGAGACUUUUUCAGUUGAUUACUGGAGGGAACGCAGAUGCCGAAAACAUGCAUGGUGACUCUCAUCGUGUGCUUCUGCUCCUUCUGCACUUAUUUUUGUGCUUUUUCUUUGGGACUCUAUUUAUUUGUCUGUCAUUAGGACACAAAGAACAGCAGUGGGCCAUCGGACAGAACUGAAGUUUGUCACUUGGAAUCUUUCAGCACGUGACGUAUUAUUUCCCCAAAGUCAAAAAUUGGGCUGGGUGGGGGGGAGGCCAACUGGACACUCGAUGCAGAAUGUAUUCACCACAUUUCUCGUAUCCCGAAACAAGACGAGCAGAAGUGCAUGGAAGAGAGGCAGUGUCCCGAGAUUGGGAUGGGAGUCUAAAACAAUGUCAGCAGGUCAAAUAAAAGAUUUUGAACAUGA